AUGAAAACAGCCUAUACGCAAAGGGUCGUGUGCUCGGACACAAGCAUUGAGGGCGUUGCGGACCAGAAGGAGGCCCAAUUCUACCUUGGCAAGCGUGUAGCGUAUGUUUAUCGUGCAAAGCGUGAAAUUGGUGGAUCGAAACUCCGUGUGAUCUGGGGUCGCGUUACACGGUCACAUGGUAACUCUGGUGUCGUAAAAUCGAAGUUUGCUUCGAACCUCCCCCCGCACGCCUUUGGUGCCAACGUUCGCAUCAUGCUCUUCCCCUCGAACAUAUAA